AUGUUUUCACCGACGAAAACGAGACGAUAACUAAAUAAAAAUGAAUGCAUGAUAACGAAAACUGUAAUAACAUAUACUGAAAUUUUCGUCAACUAAUAAAAACGAGACGAAAAUAUUCUUGUCCCACCUGGCGGACAUCAGUUUGCGCGCAUGUGCUGCUUAUCUCAUAUAAACGGUAGAGAGAAGUCUCUGGGAGAAGGCGAAGACACACAUGUAUUCUGUGUCUCCACGCGGGUUACAAAGCGUCUUAUUUUCCUUCACGAUCGCCGGUAAAACGCCGCAAACUUGAAGCGCGACUGCAGUUGAUGAGAUGGUGGUUAUUCCUGGUGGGAAAAUGAUGAUGGGAACCAUUGCAGGUGAUGGGAGAGACGGGGAAUCACCAACACAAGCUGUGACUGUCCAACCAUUUAAAAUGGACAAAUAUCCUGUUACUAACUCCGACUUCAGGGAAUUUGUCAGGACGCAGAAAUAUAAAACAGAGGCUGAAAAUUUUGGUUGGAGCUUUGUGUUCCAGGAUUUUGUUUCUGAUGAACUAAAAAGUAAAGUCACUCAGAAAAUUGAGUCUGCUCCUUGGUGGUUACCCGUGGAGAAGGUGUACUGGAGACAGCCAGCAGGUCCAGGCUCUGGGAUCAAAGACAGGAUGAAAUUCCCUGUGGUCCAGGUUAGCUGGAAUGAUGCACAAGCGUACUGUCAGUGGACACAGAAAAGGCUGCCAACUGAAGAGGAGUGGGAAAUGGCUGCACGUGGAGGUCUUGAAGGCAGGACAUACCCAUGGGGAAACAAGUUCCUGCUAAACCGCACUAACCUUUGGCAGGGCCCAUUUCCAGAUGGGGACGCAGCAGAAGAUGGCUAUCAUGGCAUAGCUCCUGUUACUGCCUAUCCUCCACAGAAUAACUAUGGUCUUUACGACAUGCUUGGUAAUGUCUGGGAGUGGACGUCCUCACAGUUUCCUGGUGCUCAGACCAUGUAUGCCCUGCGUGGUGCGUCAUGGAUUGACACAGUAGAUGGCUCAGCCAAUCACAGAGCUCGUGUCACCACAAGGAUGGGAAACACACCAGACUCCGCCUCUGAUAACCUGGGAUUCCGCUGUGCUGUGAGCUCAAACUCGAAGAAGAAAGGCAAAACACGAAUGGAGCUUUAAGAGACAGAUUUGUUCCACUGAGUUGAUUCAUCACACAGUGAUUCAUUAUGAAAUUAAUAGUACAUUGCUCCUGUGGAGAAUUGAACUUUUGGAAUUGUGUUUACUUUUUUUCAUAAUACUGUACAGUACUAAUAUAGUAAUAUCAGCCUCAGAUACAUCUUUUAAUUGUCUUUAUUUUUUACUUUCUUUAUGACCAUCAUUAGAUAUUGAAACGAGAUGGUUUCAUCGGAUGCACACGCCUGGCCCGAAGUUAACUUCCGGUCUGUGUUUGUUGAUCAGUCUGGCUAGUGGCUAAUAAUAUAACUAUUUAUGUUAUAUUAAUAUUAAUUAAUAUUUUUAUUUUAUUGUAUGAUAAUUGUGUUAUAUAAACAAUUUGUUGAAUUUUAUUGUAUGUUCAUUUUAUUAAGUAAUCAAUUUGUUGAAUGGAUUGUGUAACUUUGUCGCAUUUAAGUUCAGCCAAGUGGAUCUUCAACUGGUGACCCCAAAAAAUACUGGCUAGACUUUUAACUCGCUAGCUAAGGUAAUUUACUUAUUUCUUUUGUUAUCAGAAAUAAUCUACAACGGUUCUAUUCUUUGCGGAUGUGUACCGGAAGUUAAGGAUGUUUGGACCACAAAGGCUCGCAUGCGCACUACGUUUGUUUAUGUUGUUGCUUUAAAACCGUCUAUAUUAGAAAUAGUUUUUAGUUUAGAUAAUACUGUUGUUAGGAUUUAAAAGACAUAACAAGCCCUUAAAAAUAACAUACCACUUGCAUCUCACUGAGUAAAAGUGUAAAAAUAGAGUAUAAUAGGUCUAUAGCGGUAGUCAGUGUGAUACAUUUUUGAACCAGUUUCAAAUUUAAUUUGAAUUUUUUUAUUUUAAGGGUCCUACUUUGGUUUAUGAAGUGUCCAACAACAAGUUUACGUACAUACACUGUAAAAACGAUUUCAUUUUCUAAUAAUAGGCAGUUAUUAUUACCUCACUUUUUGACUGACUCUCAAAUGACUCAUUCGGCGAUUCAUCUGUCUAAUUCCCUCCUUUCUGUCAGCCUACUCUGAUCUGAUUGGUCAGAUGGUCUAGUCUGCUGUGAUUGGUCUACCGCGUGCGGUGUCGCAAAUGAACGUAGGCGGGAAUUACACGGAGUGACCCAAAUCCAACCCGGAACUGAAAUUCUAACACAGACAACUCAUUCGCGUGAUUCAGAGUCGACUCCUUUUUGUCCCAAGCCAAUAACUUUAUUAUUCAUUCACUUUCGGCUUUACAACUUGGCAGACUGCUUGCAUUCACACACAGCAACAUUACACACCGCAUGAAAUGUAAUUUUAAGGACAUUGUAAUAGUUACUCUUUAAACGGUCAUGCCAUCCCUGUGCUUUCUCUUCCUUUACAGGUGGACAUAUAAAGCAACAGUUUGUAGUCUAUUGAAUGUAUUUGAAGAAAGUACCAGAUCAGAUUUUGUCCAGGCUCAAUCUGGAUUGAGAAACCGAAGUCAGUGAGUUUGAUGUGCAUGUCCUCAUCUAAUAAAAUGUUUUACAUGGUUUCAGGUCCCGGUGCACUAUUGUUUUGGGCAUGAAGAUACUUGACAACCUCCAAGAGAGCUCGCAUGAUCUUCCUAUCAAAGAAAGAAAGUCCUCUGGCAGCAGGCCCAAUACUUAAGUUUGAUUGAAAUGCAUUUAUAUAACACGUAUUUUAUAUGUGUUGUAAUGUCAUAAUUAGCUCCUGAACGAUUUAAAGAAAUUUAAGGGAGUGCUGACCGUGACUCUUUCUCACUUAAGGUGACUUUUUCUGUAAGAUAAUCGAAGAGCUCUCCUUUUUUCAUCCUGUUAAAAAAGCAGACACGUAAAACCAUUACAUUACUGAAAAAUGUCUAUUGAAAACAAAUAACGUUAUGCAAUACAAGUCAGUCUGUCUGUUUAAAUAAAAACACUGUCUGGCACAUUGAUUUUCAAAGACACUGUAACUACAUCUGUGCCGACUAUAAGUGGCUGGAGAAGGAGCAGUUGGGGGGAAGAGACAUGCACAAAAGAGUGGAAGAGGAGAACGGUGGGAAAGCAUUUCAACGGAUUUUGUUUACAUGUUUGUACUGAGAGUAAAAUCUUGGCGUGACUCUCUCGUCUUGGCAAUGAGCUCUUUGUAGGCACUUUCAAUUGUCAAAUCUCCUAUCUGUAUGCUGUGGAGUGUCAACCAAUAGAUUAAUCUGAGAUUGGUUAAGACUCACAAAUCACACAGCAAGUGACCAAUGUAAGCAAAUCUUGUGCCCCCACUGGAAUUUUUGCUUUUUUUAAGAACAUGUGAAUAGAUUAUGUCCGUAUAAUAUUCUCACCACAAAAGUGUUCUGCAUGUUUGU